AUCAUUGGCCGCGGGAGGGGCCGGCGCGGGCGGCGGGGACCGGGCGGGCGGGCGCGCUGAGCCCCGCCGGCCUCCCAGGCGCCGCCUCCCGUCUUCCGGGCCCGGGCGCAUCUGGGGGUUCCGGGCGCGGACACCGCGGGCGCCCCGAUGGAGGCAGCCCCGCCGGCGGGGCCCGGCGCCCCGCCAUCCCAGCCGCAGCCGCAGGCGCAGGGACCCGCGGACCCCGUCGCUGCCCUGCUGCCCAGGCUGCGGGCCAAACUCUUCACCUGGAAUAUUUUGAAAACAAUUGCCCUGGGUCAGAUAUUGUCCUUGUGUAUAUGUGGAACAGCCAUUACCAGCCAGUAUUUGGCAGAAAAAUACAAAGUGAACACUCCCAUGCUUCAGAGCUUUAUCAACUAUUGCUUGCUGUUUCUCGUUUAUACAGUGAUGCUGGCAUUUCAAUCAGGCCCCGACAGCCUUUUCCACAUCUUGAAAAGAAAAUGGUGGAAGUACAUCCUGCUGGGCCUAGCAGACGUGGAAGCGAAUUACCUGAUUGUCAGAGCUUACCAGUACACGACUCUCACCAGCGUCCAGCUUUUGGAUUGCUUUGGAAUUCCUGUGUUGAUGGCUCUCUCCUGGUUCAUUCUUUAUGCGAGAUACAGAGUGAUCCAUUUUGUUGCCGUGGCUGUCUGUCUGCUGGGUGUCGGAACUAUGGUUGGUGCAGACAUAUUAUCAGGGAGGGAAGACAAUUCAGGCAGUGAUGUUCUGGUUGGUGACGUCUUGGUUCUUGUUGGGGCUUCCCUCUAUGCCAUUUCUAAUGUGUGUGAAGAGUACAUUGUGAAGAAGCUGAGCAGACGGGAGUUUUUAGGAAUGCUGGGCUUCUUCGGAACAAUCAUCAGUGGCAUACAGCUAUUGCUUGUGGAAUAUACGGAUAUUGCCAGCAUUCAUUGGGACUGGAAAAUUGCCCUGCUGUUCGUGGCAUUUGCCCUCUGUAUGUUCUGUCUGUACAGCUUCAUGCCACUGGUGAUUAAAGUUACCAGUGCCACCUCAGUGAACCUGGGCAUCCUGACAGCUGAUCUUUACAGCCUUUUCUUUGGACUCUUUCUCUUUGGCUAUCAGUUUUCGGGGCUCUACAUCCUAUCCUUCACCGUCAUCAUGGUGGGCUUCAUUCUGUACUGCUCCACCCCCACGCGCACGGCGGAGCCGGCGGAGAGCAGCGUGCCCCCGGCCCCCAGCAUUGGCAUCGACAACCUGGGCCUGAAGCUGGAGGAGAACCUCCCGGAGGCCCACUCCGCGUUCCUGUAGCUGGAGAAGAAGGGGCCCGUCCUCCUGGGGCCUCCUGGGAAGCGGGGAGCUGCCGCAGGGACCAAGCAGAGUGUCCGACUGCUGGGUGGAAACCUGGCGAGUUACCCAACUGAGAGCAAACACCCGUGGCAUCAAAUGGGGCCCAUCGGUGAGAUGCUACAAAGGGAUGUCUCCCCACUGGAAAUGCCGAGAUGAAGCAGAAGCCAUGGCGAGGAGGACUGGGCUUCUGGGUUUGUGAGGACCAGUACGGGGAGUGUCAGAACACAGGGGUGGGCCCCAUUCUGGGGCUUUGGAGGCACAGGUGGGCGAGCAGGAUGGGGCAGAGCUCACCACUGAGCCAGCCUCAGCACAGGGCUGUCUAGGGGGGGCUGGUGGUCAGGAGUAGGGCAGUCCAGGGCAGUUUUAGAGUAGGUUUCCUCUGCUGGGGGCUUCUCAGUUUUGUCCUUCUGAGGCAGCCGUUGCCACAAGCCACAGCUGAGGCCUGGGGACUGAUGGCAUACAGCAGGAACGUGGAGGGGGGGAGGGGGAUGGACAGAGCCGGGGAAUCGUGAUCACGAUGGAGACACAAUCGUGAGUGCCGUAGAAACUUCGAAGGGGAGUGCUGCAAACCUAGGAAUCCUCUCUUCGUGGUUAAAGAGGAUGCUGCCCCAUUUCUCACAACCACUUACGCUCGAGAGAUUUUUACGAUACUCCUUCAAUGAAAGUGUUCAUAGGCAGCAGCAUCAUUAUCAUACCUGCGACCAGUGGGCAACUUUACAAAAACUGCAUGUAAGCUUUUU